UUUGUUUAUUUUCCUCAAUCUUGUUAAAAUUGUGGUUACAGUGUCAAUUAGUGUAAGACUCGAUUUUAAAGAAAGGAAUAUCUGUUUCAGUUUUCUGUUGGAUAUUUUUAAAAUAAGCAACAUCACUUAAAAUUAAAAUAACUAUUAAACAGUUAUAAAUAAAAUAUAUAGCAAUAACUGCGUCAACGCUAAAGAAGAUUAAAUGAAGUGAAACGUUGUUUUUAAUGCAAGAAUAUCGAUAUAUAUUUUUGUAUGUUCUUAAAAUAACUUUUCUUAAAAUCCGAUGCGUAUCGUGAAGAAUUCGAGGUUAUAAUGACAUCGACAAUUUUCAUAAAGGAGAAACAAUCGUAGUGAAAGUGGUUUUGUACAAUGCUUGUUAUAUAAAAGGAUUUUAUAAACAGUAUAUUAGAUAAAAUGGAAACUGUCAAUCCAAGUGAAGAUUCAAUAGAACUGUCACAUUCGCUUUUGUCAAGGGUGUAUUAUGCUGCUAAGGAUGGUAUGGCAAUUGCUCUUUAUGAUCUUCUUAGUAGCAAAUCACUUGAACAAGUUAAUUCCCUGAUUAAUCAAAAAGUACUGGAUGAAGAUGGCCAACAAUGUACCCCUUUAAUAAUUGCUGCUAAAUAUGGCCAUGACAAAGUUGUUAAAAUAUUACUUGACAAAUUUAAACCUGACUUAGAGCAAGAAGGAACAGUUAAGUUUGAUGGAUACGUUAUUGAAAAAGCAAGUGCUCUUUGGUGCGCCGCUGGCGCUGGAUAUUUAACAAUUGUAAAAACAUUAGUAAAGGCAGGUGCAAAUGUUAAUCAUCCUACUAAAAGUCUUUCUACACCCUUAAGAGCAGCUUGUUUUGAUGGACGAUUAGAUGUAGUUAAAUAUUUAAUAGAACAUAAUGCAGACAUAAAUAUUUCAAAUCAGUUUAAUAAUACAUGUUUGAUGAUCGCUGCAUAUAAAGGUCACUUGGAUGUAGUAUCAUUUCUUUUACAAAAAGGUGCAAAUCCUAAUGAAAAAGCACACUGUGGUGCUACAGCAUUACAUUUAGCUGCUGAAUGUGGACAUACUAAUAUAGUGGCUGAAUUGUUGAGGUAUGGAACAAAAAUGACAGAAAAUGUUAGUGGAAUGACACCAUUAAUAGCAGCAGCAGAACGUACCAAAGCAGAAGUUGUAGAAUACCUGAUCAAACAUGCAAAUGUUACUAAAGAAGAAACAAUUGAAGCAUAUGAACUUUUAGGUGCUUCAUAUGCUAAUGAUAAAAGCAGUUACUGUUUAACAACUGCAUACAAAUAUUUGUGGAAAGGAAUGGAACUUAGAUUUAGUGAUCCUGAAAAUGUUAUUCAUAAAAAGUUGGGAGAAACUAUAAAAGCAUACGAUAAUUGGAUAGAAUGUGAGACUUUGGAGGGAUUGGAACGUAUUCAAUACAACCAAAAUGCUCUUCAUAUGGAAUCAUUAUGUAUUCGCGAAAGAAUACUAGGACCGCAUAAUCCAGAGGUACCACAUCCUAUUAUAUUUAGAGGAGCAGUUUUUGCAGAUAAUGCUAGGUUUGACAAAUGUAUAGACUUAUGGCUUCAUGCUCUGUAUUUAAAACAAUUAAAUCAUAUAUCAGUUAUGAAAGACUUUCUGAGGUUUGCACAGGUAUUUUCACAAAUGAUACAUGUAGGAGUAGAUCUUGAUUUCUCUCAGGUUUUAAAUGUUUUAGAAGCUAGUGUUACAGAAUUAAGCCAUAAUAAAUUUAAAAUAAUUAAUCCCGAUUCAGAGGAGGAUAUUGAACAACACAUCGAAGAAAUGGAAUCAAAUAUUUUAAGUACACUAUAUAUAUUAACAAUAUUAACAAGACUUUUAACAUCAAAUGGAAGUAGAUACGAGGAGCAAGAUAAAAAUAAAGCAUGUCGUUUAGUUCAUAAACUGUGUGCUUUACAAUUACGUUUAAAGGAUGGCCAAACUUUACUACACCUCGCAGUAAAUGCUGAAACUCCCGUUGAUGAUUUUCAUACUAAUGACGUUUGCAAGUUUCCUUGUGCUGCAACUGCAAAACUACUUAUACAGUGUGGUGCUGAUGUAAAUGCUAUGGAUAAUGAAAGAAACACGCCAUUACAUAUUAUUGUUAGUUAUAGGAAACCAAUCAGUAAUUUUAUGACUCUUCACUCCAUUAUCAUGGAACUUAUAGAAGCUGGAGCACACAUGGAUACUGUAAACAGUAGUGGAAAAACUCCAUAUGAUGCUGUUUCUAAAGGUGUGGUAGAAUUAAUACUGAGGACGCAGACAAAAUUAUCAUUAAAAUGUAUAGCAGCAAAAGUAAUAAAAGCUUAUAAUUUGUCGUACUGUGGACAUGUACCACGUUCAUUAGAAAGUUUUAUUGAACUUCAUGGACCAGGACUUAAUCAGGGUUAACGUAUUAAAAAACAAUUUUUUAGCUUGUAGAUUUUUUAGAAAAUUUAAUUUUCAAAACUCUUAAAACGUCUGUGUAAAAUGAUUUCUUAAUACUUUAUUAAUAAAUUAGGAAUAAAAUUUUGUAUUAUUAAUUCAGAAAGUUAUGACAUGUGACAGAAAAAUAGCACAUCCUAAAAUAUUGUUUUAUCGUAUAUUGUAUUCUAUGAAGUUAUGUAAUCUUUUGCGUUUAAUAUGUUUGAAGGAUUUCUGUUCCUUUUGCACUUGAUGAAGUUUAUCGGACAUUGAAUUUUCAAGUUAAAAUGUGAACAAAAAAUUGUUGUUGCUUAAACCAAAUUGUCGACAAAUAUUUUUACAUUGUACAUUUAUAAUAGGCCUAUAAAAUAGAGAUUUGACAUUAUAAAAGGAAGAAUAAAAUAGAAAAUAUGAAGUAUUAAAAAUUAUUAUUCACAUAUGAAAAAUUUUAAAUUAUGUGCUAUUAUUUUAUCUCACUAAUUUUUAGUAAUAUUUUUAUUUAUGUAAACAAAGGGGCUUCUUUUUGAACACUUUGCAAUAAUAAUAUGUACCACAAACUAAAAAUGUAUAAGCAUCAUAAGAUUGAGUAUAUUUUUUAUGUUCAAGAAAUGAAAAUAUUGAACUCGUGGGGUGUGCUAUCCUUUUAUCGCAGAAUACAUAUAAAUAUAGUAACUGUUAAACUGAAGUGAGAACUAUAAUUAACAAUGUUUGCUUUCGUUAAAUUAACUCAACUGUGUAGUAUUAAAUAUUUUGUAUCAUAUGUGAGUUAUGAACUGAUAAUUACUGUGAUUUUUCGAAAUAAAGAAAAUAACUAGCUUUUCAAUUGUU